AUGGCAAUGUAUCACUAUCAGCAUGCACCACAACAUACGAUCCUACCACCAAUAGAGAAGUAUUUGCAACAUCAACCUAUCAACCAAAUGAACAAUUGUAAUAAUAACGGGGUAUAUGCAAGCCACUAUAUGCAAUGUAUGUUGCCCAUCGUCCAAGGAGUGAAGAAUAUCAAUGUGCCGUGUACAACUACCGUCCGGGGGUACCCAUCGACAAUGGGAGUGUCCGGUCCACACGAUAACAUGUACAGUUUGAGAGACACGGCAUACCCUGUGUCCUCUACAGGUCAAGUCAUACAACCCGCAGGUGUCAACCUCGGGUACCAGCAUAAUAUAAUAACGCCUCUACUCCCCAAAACGGUACUGUUUAGCGGGUACCCUCAGAUAAUAAACGACCAAUCCCAGAGUCAGGGAACACCCCCCUUCUUAGCGUAUAACCCUCAAUCGCAGCAGUUUUACCAGAGACCAUAUCAACACCGAGAAUACAUGCAACAGGGAGUCCCCGCAGCACGCACACCUUGUAGUUUUGAAACAAUACGCUCGGAUUCCAACGGGAUGCAUUCCCCUCUAGGUAGUGUCAGUUCCAUCGAAGCAAGCCCGUCGUCGACGUCACAACCGGUCCAACUGCCGACCGAAGAGGAGGAAGGCAAGUCGACCCCCAUGUUGACAUUGACUAGGAACCCCAAACCGAAACGUAAAGCCUCCGCCAGGGGCAAGGGGAGGACCCCUAAACCACCGACCAUGACGAGUUACCCAUGCCCACAGUGUCCCAAGAGUUUCCAAAGGUCCGCGUGGUUGAAGAGACAUAGCAUAACACACACGAACUCGCACCCUUUCAAGUGCGUCUGGUGCAAGAGCGAACACAAGAGGCGGGACAACAUGUUCAAGCACAUGAAGUUGAAGCACAUGAACCUUCUGAUGAAAGUGAUCAGGAACUACUACCCUCUCGCAGAGUUUGAGGGGAAGGACUUGAAGGGCCUAUUAGCGGACGGCAGACUCCAUAAAGAAGAUGUUAAGAGGGUACUGGUAGAUAUCGUCAACCCCACGCGAGACACUACUUAG